AUGGCACCUGCCAACACGCGCGCGAGACCUUUCAGGUCCCAGAGACUCACACGCGAAAAGUACACAAACUCCGAACACGACGAGCCCAAAAGCAAUGAGUCCGCGAACCCAGAGCGCGAAAAUCUCUCUGGACCCAUGGAAAUCAUCAUCCCCGACGAUGAUGAUUCAUCCGAUGAUGAUGGUUCAACCCAGAUGAACUCGGACAACAGCGACUGCUUGAGGUCAAAGGAAUUGAUUCCUAACGCUAGUCGGUUCAAUAUCAGCAAAGGCGCUUUGAGACAGUACUAA